AUGGAAUAUACCUACUACUUGUUUUAUAAUUCUGGAAGUGGUGGAAAUAGAGGAUAGCAAUUCUUAGAACUUGAUGUAAACUCAAUUAUAUGAUAGUAAAAAGAGCUUAGUUUCAACAUAAAGGAGAGUAUUUGUAGAGUGAAAUUUUACAAUAUUUGUAAUAGUACAUCAAGAGAAGCAGGAUUAUAGCAAAUAAUGAAAUAAUAAGUAGAUGAUAUCUAUGUUGUAAUGGCAGGAGGAGAUGGAUCAAUAAUGUGGAUAGUGGAAUUGUUAUUAAUGCAUGAAGUUAAUAUACAUAAAUGUAUUUUAAUUCCAUUUCCUUUUGGAACUGGAAAUGAUUUUGCAAACACUUUAGGAUGGGGCACUUCUGUACCUCAUGAUGUUAUAGGUAUAGACAAUUAAGUGUUGAAAGGAUAUGUUGAAUAAUGGAAUUCAGGUGUUGAAUCAUAUUUUGAUGUUUGGGAUGUUGAAAUCAAACUAUAAGAUGUAUCUAGAUAUAUUCAUAUAAAAAGAUUGGAUUUAUUAGUGAAAUUAAGAGAAAUGAAAAUGGAGUUGGUGAAGUUAAACUAUAAUUAUAAGAUCAAAGAUAUUAUAAAUAAAUGAUCAAUUAUUUUAGCAUAGGAGUUGAUGCAAGAAUUGGAUUUGGUUUUGAUAAAAAUAGAACGCCUUAUCAAUGUUGUAACAAAUUUGUUUAUUGUUGGGAAGGCUUUAAAAAGAUGUUUCUUAAAACACCUAAAGUUAAUCAAUCUAUUGAAAAUAUCCAUCAUAUUAAUGAUGAUGACAAUUUAGAAAAUGGAUUAAUCUAAAAAUUUAAAGAUUAAAUUGUUGUUCCUGGAAAUCCAGUUAAUUUACUAUGUUUGAAUAUUAACUCUUAUGCAGGAGGCUUGAAAAAUAUAUGGAUAAAUGCUUCACAAAGUUAAGUUAAGGUAUAUUCUAAUAUCCCUUCUUUUUCUGAUGGACUGUUAGAAAUUCUCUCAUUUAAUUCCAUUUUAGGAUUAGGAUCUGAAAGAUUAAUUCCAGGAUAGGCUACCAGAUUAAGUCAAAGUGGAGGACCAUUAAAAUUAAAUUUCAAAUAAAAUGAACAUCUUCGUACUUAUUUCUAAAUUGAUGGCUAAUACUAUUCAAUCACAAACCCCAGUUCCGUUCUAAUUAGAUCAUGCUAAUCAUUGCCAUAAGGAAAAAUACGUGUCUUGAUUAAUAAAUAAGGUCUACUUAAAUGAAAUAUUGCAUUUUAUAUAC